ACUAAAAGAGGUUUAGGAAGACUAGGGGAGGGAGGGGGGGAGAGACCCAAGACAGCAAGAGAAAGUGAGGUUGGGUCGGCGGGGUGAGAAGAGGGAAGCGAAAGUGAUCGUGGGAAAGAGAAAGAGAGACAUUACAGGCUGAGUGGGAAAGACGUUAACAGAUCUGAGGUCAGGCGAGAGUGGGCGCAGGUAGGGUGGGAGGCUGAGCGGCGGUCAGACGGAAAGGCCGACUGAGCUUCGGCCGAACAAGCUGUCCCGCCAACCCCCCCUCCCCAGCAGCGGUCCCGUCACCGUCACCACACUGGGAGAACUGGGAGAACUGGGGACGAGGAGAAGCCACCAUGAGCGACCAGAACGUCGUCAAGGAAGGCUGGGUCCAGAAAAGAGGUGAGUACAUCAAGAACUGGCGACCGCGCUACUUUCUGCUGAAGACAGACGGCUCUUUCAUCGGCUACAAGGACAAACCACAGGACUCGGACCUGGCCUACCCGCUCAACAACUUCUCCGUAGCAAAAUGUCAGCUCAUGAAGACAGAGCGGCCCAAGCCAAACACCUUCAUCAUCCGCUGUCUGCAGUGGACCACCGUCAUCGAGAGGACUUUUCACGUCGACACUCCUGACGAGAGGGACGAGUGGGCCGAGGCCAUCCAGAUGGUAGCCGAGUCUCUGGCCAAACAGGAGGAGGAGGGUAUCCUGAGCAGCCCCACCUCCCAGAUCGAGAACGUCAACGAGGAGGAGAUGGACACCUCCAUCAGCCACUACAAACGAAAGACAAUGAAUGACUUUGACUAUCUGAAGCUUCUGGGCAAAGGCACUUUUGGGAAAGUCAUUCUGGUGAGGGAGAAGGCGAGUGGCACCUACUACGCCAUGAAGAUCCUCAAGAAGGAAGUCAUCAUAGCCAAGGAUGAAGUUGCUCACACACUCACAGAAAGUAGGGUAUUAAAAAACACUCGGCAUCCAUUCCUAACUUCUCUGAAGUACUCGUUCCAGACUAAGGAUCGGCUGUGCUUUGUAAUGGAGUACGUCAACGGAGGAGAGCUGUUUUUCCAUUUGUCAAGAGAAAGAGUAUUUUCGGAGGACCGCACCCGUUUCUACGGCGCUGAGAUCGUCUCUGCUCUAGACUACCUGCAUUCUGCCAAGAUCGUCUACCGUGAUCUGAAGCUGGAGAACCUCAUGUUGGACAAAGACGGCCACAUCAAGAUCACGGACUUCGGCCUCUGCAAAGAAGGCAUCACCGACACUGCCACCAUGAAGACCUUCUGUGGAACCCCAGAGUACCUCGCUCCUGAGGUGCUGGAGGACAACGACUACGGGCGGGCGGUGGACUGGUGGGGCUUGGGAGUGGUGACGUAUGAGAUGAUGUGCGGCCGCCUGCCGUUCUACAACCAGGACCACGAGAAGCUGUUCGAGCUCAUCCUCAUGGAGGAGAUCAAGUUCCCGCGGACGCUGUCGGCCGACGCCAAGUCGCUGCUGUCGGGGCUGCUCAUCAAGGACCCCAACAAGCGGCUGGGCGGCGGACCGGAUGACGCUAAGGAGAUCAUGCGGCACAGUUUCUUUGGCACAGUCGACUGGCAGGACGUCUACGACAAGAAGCUGGUCCCGCCCUUUCAGCCCCAGGUCAGCUCCGAGACGGACACGCGCUACUUCGACGAGGAGUUCACAGCACAGACCAUCACCAUCACUCCGCCGGAAAAAUAUGACGAGGACGGGAUGGACGCGGCGGACAACGAGCGGAGGCCUCAUUUCCCACAGUUCUCCUACUCAGCCAGCGGGCGGGAGUGAGCGGCCCAGCCCCGCCAGUAUCGUCCCCAUUCGUGGCCAUUUUGAGGAAAACACGUAGCCAUUUUAGGAAGAAGAGAAAAAAAAAAAAAGAAAUACCAGUCUCCCCUCUUUUUCUCCUUCUCUGCCUCCUCACAGACGGGGAAAAGUCUUUUUAGGGACUUUAAAAAGAGGUUUUUUUGCACAGUGGGAUAGACUCCAGCCGGUCUCUCCCACACUAAAAAAAAAAAAAAAAAAAGAAAAAAAAAAUUAAGUCUCGUACAUUUUCAGCGCUAUUUACUGCAGAAGGCAAUGUUUUUGUUAUUUAUUUUUUCUCUCCGUCAGUAUUAAGUUGUCGACCCGGGUUGCGUUCAACUUUUUAGUUUGGUUGGUUGUUUGUUUUUGCCCUUAUUUUU